CGUGGGACAGCGCAUGCGCAGACACUUGGUUCGACACCGGGACCCGGCGGGUGGAUGGAGCGAAACCCAGAGAGCGGGGCCCGGGGCGGCCUGAGCCCCAUCGAGGCUCACGGCCAGAGCCAGGGUCAGGGUCCAUGGAACAAGGAUGGCUGGUUAUCUGAAAGCAAACCUGAGACCGAGCACAGCUUAGUGAAAUCCUUAGAAAGAGAAUUUCAUCUAAUGGAUUACAGCCCCUGGGAGAGAACAGCCAAACAGGAGAAUGAAAAGGAGUUUGAUACAACCAACAUGUCAUUUCCCCCUAUCCGGUGGUCACCAGGAGCCUUAAGAAGACACUUGAAGCUUCUGAAGAAAGACAAGCGAAAAUCAGCAGUAUUCAUAUCUACUCCACAAGACCAGAAAAAAUUAGAAGGUACGCAGGUAUGUACUUCUAAACUGUGCUCACUGCAAUGUAGUCAUGCGUGGAGUAAGAAGAGAAUCUUGAGAAGUGAUGACGUUUGCCUGCUUGACGUGAAACAAAAAGUCAAAAUUCUUAAGUAUCUCAUAUUGGCAAAGAAGAAGGAGAUGACAGAAUACGAGCAGCACUGCUCCAUCCUCAAGGAAAUGAACAUCAAGAAGACCAAGGAGAUCACCAUGUCAGACGAUGCUGCCAUGAUGGAUGCAAGACACCUUCUGGUGCAAUAUGAGAAGCUUAGGAUUGGAAUUUCAGGCAUUGGGGAGUGGGAGCGGCAGGAUAUUGAAUCGGCCAAAUCUGACUUUGAAGCAACUGAGAAAAUGGUGGCGGAAAACCUCAAAGAGAUAGAAGAUAAAAUGCAAGAAGUGAAUGCAAAGAUUCAGAAAGCUCGUCAGGAACUUCGCACACUGAAGACUUAUAAGGACAAGGAAUUCCCUGUAAACGCCUUGAGAAUCGCGGAACUCCAGCGAGAGGUUAAGAAACUUCCACAAAUACAGCAGGCCGAACGUGAGGAGGUGGAGGGCUUCGCACAGACUGAAAUGAGAAAGUUGGAAGCCACGGUGAAAGAAACAGAGGAAGAAAUAUUAAUCAAGGUGGCAAAGGAUAAAAUUCGCUUCAUCCCUUCAGGAUUGCAGCAGCUGCUUUUCCACAAUGCUGUCAUGAAAAAAGAAAUCGAGAUUCACAAAGAGAUGAACCAAGAGAUUGAAAUGAGCAAUUUGGAGUUGGAGAAGAAACUGCUGCAUCUGCAGGAAACAAAGAUAGACACCAGGAAGGAGAUCUUUUCUGACGUCCUGAAAAAAGAGCCUCACUGCACCCCCGACAUGGACGUGGUGUUGGACAUCCCCAGGGAAGAGUGGCUCCCGAUCUAGUGGUGGGGCUCGUGCUGUGUUAGACUUGGGCCGAGAGAGAGAGAUUUUAGUGAUAUAUUGAGAUGGGCAAUAUGUGUGCUGGUGAGCGAGGAAAGUAACUGUACAGAGACUGAAGAGCUGGAGAAAGAAAACACUUCCCAAGUUCCUGUUGGCUUGAAUGUUAACCACAUCAUAAAUUUAUAUUAACCUCU